GCGCUGGCGCGGCGGCAUCGGUCACACUGCGGGCGCGAUCACGUCCCGUCCCGCCGCGCUCACGCCGACCGUAUCGCGACGCUAUUCAUUUAUCAAAAAGAUGUUGAGCGAUUCAGACGUGGAAACGCUCUUGCUUUUAUUUGCGCUAGCUAAGAAAAAACAACGGAAACGGAAAUGGGUGCAUGAAAUAAAUCAAAACCGUCGUAAUUAUGGGGAGUAUCACAGACUAUGCCGCGAAAUUUUAUCCCACGAAGAUAAGUUUUACGCCUACUUCAAAAUGACGCAAGAGUGUUUUGAAGAAUUGCAUAGUAUUUUAUGUGAUAAGAUUAGUAAACUAGACACAAAUUGGAGGAGAUCAAUCAGUUCAAGAGAAAGGCUGGCCAUUUGUUUGAGGUACUUAACAACCGGUGAUUCUUAUCAAACAAUUGCAUUUUCUUUUCGGGUUGGACAUAGUACAGUCAGCAAUAUUGUGAAGAAUGUCUGCGUAGAAAUAUGGAUUUUAUUGCAACCAACGUAUAUGCCAGCACCUUCAGAGGAAACAUGGAGGCAAUCAGAAUUUGGAUACAGAGAAUUAUGGAAUUUUCCCAACUGCGUGGGCAGUAUAGAUGGGAAGCACAUUGCUGUUAAAUGUCCUCCAAAUAGUGGAACACAUUACUACUGCUACAAAAAUUACUUCUCUAUCGUUUUGUUAGCAAUCGUAGAUCCAUUUUAUAAAUUUAUCAUUGUGGAUAUUGGUAGCUAUGGUCGACUGAGUGAUAGCGGAAUAUUCGAAAACUCAAAUUUCUAUCAAGCGUACUUAAACGGAAAAUUACUACUACCGCCAAAACCUCUUCCAGGAGGUGAAGAUCCCACACCACAUGUUUUGAUAGGAGAUGAGGGGUUUGCUUUGAAAGAAUAUCUUAUGCGACCUUUUCCUAGAGCAGCCGUUGUACAUGACAACAGAAAAAAAACUUUUAACUAUAGACUUUGUCGAGCUAGACGAGUCGUUGAGAACAGUUUUGGAAUUUUGGCACAGAAGUUCAGAAUUUUCAAUAGACCCAUAGAAACCAAUGUUGAAACCGCAAUACAUAUCGUAAAAGCCGCCUGUUGCUUACAUAAUUUCAUCAGAGUGAAAGGAGAAACAUUUUUUAUUGAUCUAAAGGAAAUACAGAGUGAUCCAAGGGCAUUCACUCCAGUAAGACCCACAAAUCAAAGAUCUCCAAACGCAGCUUUCGAUGUGAGGGAAAAGUUUGUCACCUAUUUUAAUAAUAAUAGAAUAAAUGUAAUAGAAUAAAUAUAAAAACUGUCA